CGGCGAAACGUUCAGUUUCUGAUUGUCGGCUACGGGGAGCGCGUGUCGUCGUCUACUUUAAGCCGGUAUUGCGCGAGAGCACACUCGAUAACAUACACUUUAAUUGACACUAAACACUUCGUGUCGUGAUAGAGAAGUGGAGUAGUGCAUCAAUUGCAGAUUGCAGUGAAUGAGAUUCCUGUGCUUCCUUGGAUAAUCAAUUCUUCACUGUUUACAAGUCUUCGAUAUCAGAUAACCGAGAGAAAAUGAUGGCUUGUUGGUUAGUAUUGGCGAUAGUAGCGGCGAGCUGGCAAACCUUGGACGGCUGCUCGUGCCAGUGGGAACAUCCACAGACCCUCUUCUGCAAGGCCGACUUUGUGGUCGUUGGCAGAGUACAGAAAAUGUUCAAAGGAAACGAAUACUACAGGUCAUACAAAAUAAAGAUCAGAAAUAUUUUCAAAGCGACUCCAAAAGCCCGUGCAGUACUACAAAAUGGUCGAAUAUUAACACCAAUCUACGACAGUCAGUGCGGAAUCCAACUUCAGCCCAAAGAUACCUACGUCUUAACAGGUAGAAUAAUCCACGCGCAAGCGCAAGUCAACUUAUGCGACUUCUACUCUAAAUGGCGUGAAGUCACUCCCAGACAGAGAAAAGGAUUCAGGCUGCUCUACCAACAAGGAUGUACUUGCAAGGUGCACAUGAACCGGUUUUCGUCAAUUUCGCCCAAUUCUUGCUUGGGCCAACGAAAUAUGUGCUACGAGAAACAUGGCAUCUGUCUGCAUGGGGAGUACCGACGGUGCCGUUGGACUAGGGCCCCAGUUCUCAAGAGAUGCCUACAACAAGCAGCGGCCAACAAAACGAUGACGACGACUACUUGAUCUUCCCUUCGAACCCGAACUAUAUUUACUUAUCACCAUUGCAUAUUUCGAUGUGUCCAUAGAAAUCGACGUUCUUAGUUUAUUAAUAAGAGUAUCUAUAUGACCGUCGAUACGAAACCACGCCAAAAGUAAUUCUAACAGUCUUAAAGGUCAC